AUGCAGUCCCUACCCAUCGACACCCCGUCAACCACGCCCUCCCGGCGCCCGUCGCCCCUCCUGUUCGAGCCCCACGAUCGCACCGUCCAGUCCUUGUUACCGCCAUCCCCGAAGCGCGCCCGCGCAUCGCCGUGCUCGCAGCCCAUGCACCGCCGCGUGACCCCGACAAGCACGCGCAAGGGCGUGUCGCGUCUCUCGCCCAUCCCCUGCACAUCGGUCUUUGGUGGAUCGGCGUCGUACUCAUCGGCGUCGACUGUGCCCGCCCGUAGACGCACAGGCGAUGAUCUGCGGAGGUCGCAGUCCUCCUCCAGGCGGCGCGACAUGACGGUUCCCUUGCUCUCCCAGACGUUCUCGUCCGUGACCCUCUCGCAGACGGCGACCCCGCCCCUUGCCCCCGACCUGUCCCCCGACGCCUCGUUUCGCUCGACGUCGAGCGCCGGCCUGAACAUGGCGACCCCCGUGACUGAAGCCGGCUCCCCUCUGCAAUCAUCCAGACUCAAGCUGCGCACGCCUGCUGCCUUGCACGAGAUGACGCACUCCUCGUCAACCUCCCCUAUGCCUGCAAUCAACUCCCUGCUCGGAAGUCCUUUCAAUGCACGCAAGCCCCUUCCCUUCGAAUUCAGCAUUGCUUCCCCGACUUGGAAUCACGGGAAGGACAACGAUGCCAAUCUCUUUGCCGACGGGUGGGAUGCCAAAUCGUCUUCCCCCAUGGACAUGAUCGGCGGUCUGAGCCCUUGCCUGUCCAAACCAUACCACUACCAUUCGGCGGAUGACGGCAGUGGCAGCUGCACCAGCGCCUCGUCGUCGUCCAUGUUCUCCCCAGAGAACGGCAUCGGAAGCGGUGCUCGUCCUUCGGUCGUUAGUCUCUGGAACGACGACUCUGGCGACGAGGACGUACCGCCCGCUGCACGCACUAAGUUGUUUGUGGGAAGAAGCCUGAAGGGGAAGAAGAGUGCGACGCGCCUCAAGCCAGGACCCGCCUCUCCGCUAGUCAUGUCCUGCACCACGAACAAUACCUUUUCCAGCAGCCCCGACUCGUCACCCGUCCAGACCACAUUCCUCUCAGCCAGCACAUCCGCGGUUGAAGGAAGGUCUAUUGCUGGUGGCCUGCAGUCGCCCGUAGAGGACUACUUCAGCCGCAGACCCCAGUCUGCCAGGAAGCGGACACCCAACGACCGCUUUGCCUCCUCUCCUCACGAGCUCUUCCUCUCCCAGUGCAACAGUCGCGGGUUCGAGUUGACGCCUCGCCCCGACGGACCGCGUACUCCGGUAAUCCCCAUGUCUGAUGACAUUGCCGAGUCGGACCACUCGCCCUUACGGCACAACGCCGCGGCAGUGCAUGCUCUCCCUCUGUCCCCGUCGGCACCUCUGCUGUCGCGCAGGCCGGAAGGACUGCAGUUACAUCUGACACCCCGCAAUCAUUCGCCGGUGGGUGUGACCCGCUCAAAGUCGAACCGCGGAGCACGCUCCCUCCCAACGAGGCCGACGCUGCGCCGCGGCUUUACGGAGCCUGCAAACAAGACGCCCAAGGCCCCGCCCGUUCCUCAACUUGGCACGCCCGUGUCCGAGCUGUUUGGGGAUGAGAAGCCGUCGCCUGCGGCUUUCUCCUCGACUGGUCUCGUCAAGAAGCGCGGCGCCCGCCUGAACAUCCCCCGAUUCGCAGCCAAGCUCAAGGCACCCCAGCCCCUCUCCUUUGAUGACAAACCGAAGACUCAGGCUGCUGCCUCUGCUCCUACUAGUGGUAGUGACACUGAAACGGACGACUCGGAAGGAGACCAGCUGUCUCCCAUCAAGCCCUUGCGAUCAGGCCCCUUCAGGAUGUCUCUCAAUAGCACUCGGACACACUCUAGGAACGGGUCCUUGGCCAGUGACAUUGCGUCGUCGCCGUUCCGCCGCUCGCAUGGACAUGCGCGCAUGUCUUCGACCGCCUCUAGUAUUGGCGGGUCGAAGGGCCUGCGCCGAAAAAGCAGCGCCAUGUUUACGUCUGCGGGUAGUAUCGCAAGUGACACUGAGUUCAGUCCGGCCACACCCACAAAGCCUCUGCCACUGGCCCUGCAGCAGCAACCCAUGUUCGGUAUCUCGACGCCAUCGCCGGUUUCAGCCACACACUACCCUUUCUCUCGCCGGUCGUCUGUUGCCUCGAUGGCCUCAAUGGACGCCACAUCACCAGCCUGCACUCCGUCGACGGGCCCAGGAGGACGCGUCCGUGCCUUAUCUCGAGGCUUGGCCGCCCGUUUAUCCAACCCGAUUCCGUCCACCUCGUUCAGGACUCAGCCGCCGUUCAUGCCGACAACGCCGGCGUCCGUCUCAGCCGCCGCCGAGGGGUACAUCCCGGAGGACGCUCGUGCAGCUGGGGCGGGCAGACUCGAGCGGGACUUUACUCUUGUUCAGGCACUUGGGGCCGGCGAGUUUAGCAGCGUAUGGAAGGUCAAACAUAAGGGCGACGGCAAGAUGUGGGCCGUUAAGACGGGCCGCCCGUACACCGGCGUCAAGAACCGCUCCCGCCAGUUGGAAGAGGUCGCGAUCCUGACACGUCUGUCGGAACAGCCGCACCCCAACAUUCUGCGGUUUGUUGACUCGUGGGAGCAGGGCGGCCGACUCCACAUCCGCACCGAGCUUGGCGAGUGCGGCGAUCUGUCUCGUUACCUGCUUUCGCUCGGUGACCAGCGCGGCCUCGACGAGGGCCGUGUCUGGAAGGUCAUGGCUGAGCUCACGUCCGCGCUUGACCACAUUCACUCAAACGGGAUCUUGCACCUGGACUUUAAGCCGAGCAACAUUCUCGUUACGAGGGAGGGAGCGCUCAAAGUCGCGGACUUUGGUAUGAGCGUGUUCAGGGACACGGGCUUCCUCAGCGGCGAGAGCACGCGACGCCCGUCGCCGACCCUGCCCUCGUUUGGGGAGGACGCGGACCAGUACAACGACCACCUCGCGAUCACAACGAACAAGCUGUUGGGCCUCGCGCCGAGCCCUAUCAUGGACCGCGAAGUCGAGGGUGACCGCGAGUACCUGUGCCCCGAGGCGCUUGACGAUGCCACGCCGGGUACCGAAGCGGACGUCUUUAGUCUGGGCAUCCUGGUGCUCGAGGCUGCCCUCAACGUGUGCCUGCCGUCGAAUGGUGAGGCCUGGAUCAAGCUGCGCAGCGACGACUACUCGGACCUAGACGAGCACUACGUGCAGCGCGAACAGGUCGUCGGUACGACCGAGCUUCCUGUAGUCUCUGGCCGUCUGCUUACGACGAUUAAGCAGAUGAUGCUGUCGUCGCCACAGUGGCGCAUCAAGCUCGACGAGGUGCUCGCGCUGGACCCCGUCGUACGUGCGGCCGAAGCGAUGCGCGGCGAGGGCAUGUGGCAGGCGAGCCCCGCGCUUGUCGAGGAGGAGGACGGGUGGCUGGACUGGCUGCUGUCUUAG